AGCACCGGACAGCAGCAAACAACCAACAAAAUUAAGUUCUUGCUCUCCAAUCUAAUUAACCAUGUCCACUGUUAGCUUUUCACAAUUUUCUAUUGCCUUUCUUCUGUUCUUAUCUACAACAACAUUCCAUAGUGGCAUGUUCUGUACUAGUACAAAUCUGCAGCUUCGUUGCAAUGAGAGGGAUCGUUCUUCACUGCUGCAAUUCAAGCGUGGUGUCAUAGACAGUUCCAACAAGCUCUCCUCUUGGUCCAAUGAAGAAGAUUGUUGUGCAUGGAAAGGAGUUCAUUGUGACAACAUCACAGGCAGAGUCACAAGACUUGAUCUAAAUCAACAAUACUUGCAAGGUGAAAUUAACCUCUCCUUGUUUGAUAUUGAGUUCCUGAGCUACUUGGACUUGAGCAUAAAUUUCUUUAGUGGCAUAACUCUUCCACCUACCUUCAACCAAUCUAGUAAACCUGCUAACUUCUCUAAUAUUCAGUACCUGGACUUAUCCUUCAAUGAUGAUUUUCACAUGGACAAUCUUCACUGGCUUUCAAAACUUUCUUCCUUGAAAUUUCUCAACCUCAGCGAAAUUAACCUUGUAAAUGAAACAAGCUGGCUUCAGUCCAUGUCAAUGCAUCCUUCACUGUUAGAGCUAAGAUUGGCAAGCUGUCAAUUGACCAAUAUCAACCCAUCCAUCAAGUUUGUGAAUUUUACUUCACUUGUGACUCUUGAUCUCUCUGGAAAUUCAUUUCAUUCUAGUUUACCUUAUUGGUUGUUUAAUCUCAGCAGUGAUAUCGCUCAUGUUGACCUUAGCUUCAAUUUUCUACAAGGUCAAAUACCCAAGAGCUUGCUAAGUCUUGGGAAGCUUAAAUCUUUAAGGUUGCAUAACAAUGAACUCAAUGGAUCCAUUCCAGAUUGGUUAGGGAAGCAUGAAAAUUUACAAAAUCUGUUUCUAUCUGAGAACUUGUUUCAUGGCUCUAUCCCUUCAUCUCUAGGAAAUCUCUCAACCUUGGUUGACUUGGGAAUCAGCUCAGAUUCCUUGAGUGGUAAUCUUCCAACCAGUCUUGGACAACUCUUCAAUUUGAAGAGUUUAAACAUUGGAGGCAAAUCCUUGUCAGGCGUUCUUUCUGAACAACAUUUUUCCAAUCUACACAAUUUGGAGUCACUCAUCUUGACUUCACCUUUUGCAUUUGAGUUGGAUCCUGAAUGGAUUCCUCCCUUUCAAUUGGAAGUAGUAGGUUUGAUCAAUACAAUCCUAGGUCCAAAUUUUCCAGCUUGGAUAUAUACCCAAAAGUCACUAGACUCUCUUGAAGUUUCUAAAUCAACUAUUACAUCCAUAAAUGGAGACACAUUUUGGAGAUUUGUAGCUAAUAUUACCCAUGUCAACAUUGCCGACAACUUAAUCAGUUCAGACUUGACAAACAUCACCCUGAGCUCCAAGUUUUUAUUUAUGGUCAACAAUAAUUUCACUGGAAGGCUCCCACAUAUUUCUGCAAAUGUCAUCUAUUUGGAUUUGUCCCACAAUUCUUUCUUUGGACCCAUUUCCCCUAUGUUUUGCCACAAAUUGGGUAGGGAAAAUAGCUUGGAUUAUUUGGACAUAUCAUUCAAUCUCUUAUCUGGAGCUGUUCCUGAUUGUUGGCAGUAUUGGAGAGGUUUGUCUUUCCUUUUCAUGGAGAGCAACAAUCUAACUGGUGAACUCCCUCCAUCCAUGGGCUCAUUUAUUGAUCUCAUUGCACUGGAUUUACACAACAACAGCUUAUCUGGCAAUUUUUCAGUGGAUCUAUCAAACACAACAAACUUGCAAUUCAUCAACAUUGGAGAAAACAAUUUCUCUGGAACUGUACCAGUGAAGCUUCCACAUAGCAUGGAAGUGAUGCUUUUGAGAUCAAACCAGUUUGAAGGUAACAUUCCACCAGAGCUGUGCACUCUCUCUUCACUGUUACAAUUGGAUCUUUUCCAUAACAAACUUUCAGGGCAUAUUCCUCCAUGCAUAAGCAACAUUACCGGCAUGGGUGGAGCGAAAAAAACGAGCCAUUUUCCAUUUGAAUUCAAUGUGCAUAACAAAGGCCUUGAGUUAGAGUAUACAGAUUAUGGACUAUGGCGAAAUCUUGACCUUUCAGCUAACAACUUAUCAGGGGAAAUCCCCCCAGAAGUUUUCAACCUUGUUCAGUUGAAGUCCUUGAACUUGUCUCGAAAUCAUUUAACAGGAAAGAUACCAAGAGAGAUUGGACACAUGAAAAACUUGGAAUCUCUUGAUCUGUCCAGCAACAAACUCUUUGGAGAAAUUCCUGUUACAAUGUCUACCUUGUCUUUCUUGGAAUUCUUGAAUCUUUCAAACAAUGGAUUGGUUGGACAAAUCCCAAUAGGGACUCAGCUUCAGAGUUUUGAUGCCUCCUGCUAUGCUGGAAAUCCUAAACUUUGUGGAAUUCCUCUGCCAAAAAGCUGCAUAGAAGGAGAAGGAGACAAUGGUGAUGAUGAUGAAUCAAAGCAACAUGGAGGAAACAAUGAUGAUAAUGCUUUUCAAAAUUCACUCUACCUUGGUUUGGGUGUUGGUUUUGCUGUGGGAUUUUGGGGGGCUUGUGGUUCUCUAUUCUUAAACAGGGCUUGGAGGCAUGCAUAUUUUCGAUUCCUUAAUCAUGUUGUAGACCAACUUCAUGUGUUUGUGGCCCUCAAAUUAAAGCUUAACCGAUUUAGUGGAUCACCAAGAAGGCAAGAACUUCCAACUGAUCAAUUUUGGCUGUCAAAACUUCAUCUACAAUGUCAGCAUCAUGAAGGCAGAGAAACUCUUUCAGAAGAAGGGACGUCCAACAAAUUUGACCCAGGAUCCCAAUUAAAGAAAUGAGAUUUAGGCAGUUUCCUAUUUGGCUCAAGAAUGUUUGGGGUUAUGGUCCGGGAACUGCAUCUUUAUACCUGUCACAUCCAUGGGUAUUAGUUGUACUCAUAGCUGCAUCUUUACAACUCAUAAGUUACAUUUAGUUUGGCUUCAUAACUUAUACUUGAACUUUAACACAGUUAAUGAGCUGAAUGAAAAGGGAAUGUGGAUAAGGAGAAUGAAUCAUAUAAAAUUUCCUUAUUUUCAUUCACCAAUUUAUGGCCUUUGUUCUUGCUAUCUCAUUUCUUGCUGAUAAAUUUAUAACUACUGAUUUGUGUUGAUUUUAGAUCUUAGAAUUAUUAAUCUGAUCAAAUAAAUAACUUUUCUAGCAUGUGGUUCAUUAUACUUUUCGUCUCCAUUUUUUUACUGCAAUUCUUGAUCUGAUGUGGAAUGGGGUUAGGAUAUAAGAUUGGUGGCAGAAUGAACAGUUCUUGGUUCAUAUAAUGAGGAUAGGGACUUUGCUGAGCUCUAUGGACAUCACUUCUCAUCCCAAUUUUAGGUAAGGGAAGAAAUUAAUUAUAGUCUUCAUACAUUCUGAUUGCUUAGUAUAAAAAGAUUAUUAACUCUUAUCCGGGUUUUAUGGACUUGCAUGUCUGCUGCUGACAUUUUUUUUUGGUAAUUCAAUUGUUUUCCACUACCUAAACAUUAUUUCGAAAGAAGAGAAUAAUAUAUAAAUAACAAUAGAGUCAUUACACCACGGCAUCAAAAGCUAAACUAGAGAACAAACGGCACAAAACUGCCAGCAAAAGAAAGGAAAGUGCCAAUAAGGCAAAGACUACUAGCUACUAGGAACUGAAAUGAAAACAGAAUGUAGCAGAUCCCCAACAGCAUAGCAGCAAUGAUUUUCAGAAAACGAGUGCACCGAAACCUUGGAUAAAAUGCCCUAUAUUCCACUUCAGAUCACCUCACUAAAACAGAUAAAAAAUGCAUCAAACCAAAGCCAUAUUGCAACAUCAGACAUAAACCUGAUUGCUUGUAAUAAUGUCUCAAUGUAGCAGCUCCCAAACUGUAAAGUGGCAAAGAAAUACAUGAAAUCUGCACCAAAAAACUUGGACCAAAUGCCAUAUAUUUCACUUCAGAUCACCAACUCUGUACAGCCCAAUAACCGAAAAGAAAACCGGUAAAAAAUGCCUCAGACAGAAACCAGAUUGUAUUCAGACAGAAAGCCAGUGAGAAACCAGCUAGUCAAUGAUUGUAUUCAGUUCCUCAACAUAGCCCAGAUUUCAGUUUGUCUAGAGCACCCUGUCUUAGCAAGAUAAUCAGCCAAAUGAUUUGAUUCUCUUCCAAGGCCUAUUAACCUUGUUAUUGACCCAUCCUACAGCUAGUGCAGAAUCACUCUCUAUUAAGAUGUGCCUCAACUGAAAUUGGUGACAAAAAAUGAGAGCAUGAAGGAUUGCUUUCACUUCAGCCUCAUAAGCCCAAAGGUCCCCAGUAGCUUUAGAAAAAAUACCUCUGGUUUGGCGUUCUGAAUCCUUAAGAAUGCCUCCAAUGCCACUCCUUCCCGGCAUACCAUGUGAGGAGCCAUCGACAUUGAAUUUAAGAGACCCCGCGGGUGGUGGAGUCCAAUGAUUGCUGCGACUUCUAAUCUUUGGAGGUUUCAAUCUAAUCUCCACAAAAUUCAGUAGGAAAUCGCUGCAACUGUACGGGCACUCCCGCCACCAAGCUUUAAUCCACCAAGCAAUCCGAGAAAUGUGCAGGUCCCAUAACUGAAGAAUGAUGAACCGUUGUCUCUUUACCACACCAGUGACCACAAAAGAGUUCCUUUUCCACAGUGUUAAUAAUCCUCCAGCUGCUCCAAUUGCAAAGACAGCUUCACAUUCCAUGUCCAUUGAUCUGGACCAUUCUUGGAUUUCCCUUUCUCUGACUGAGUUCAAUUUAGAUUCCUGAAUUAAUAAAACUUCUGGUCUGAGUUUGCUGACGGCUUGCUUCACCACCUUUCUCUUCAAGGACCUUCCUAGUCCUCUCACAUUCCAGGUCACCCAAGCCCUUGACAUAUUGACCCUGGAAACGGACCCACACCUCUGAUUAGUGUCUAGCAGCAAUUUGAGAGGCGAUCCCUUUCAUCACCUCCACAUCACUACAAUCAUAUAUCAAGCCGAGUCUCUUUCCCAUCAACAUAGCACUCUUAGCUCUUGUCAUAAUCCCCUGUGGCUGCUGAAAUUCAAUAGGGAGCACCAUCAAUUGGUUAUCUGCCGCAGGAAGAGGGGGAGGAGAAGGCGCGAGGAUGGGUGUUGUCGCCACAUGGGCCAGUUUCCCUUUCUUCUUAGAGCUCCCUUUUGGUCGUCCCCUGGGUCUAGGAGAAUGCGUGGAUGGAGUCAAAGGUAUCUGAGAAGUGGGUAACAAAGGAAAGUUGUCAAUCUCUUGUGCAUCUGCAGGAGUCUUCUCAAAAUCUGACUAAAUUCGGCUUGACCCGUAUUUCUCCACCCAACACGAAAGGUUUGUGUUUGUGUGUGCUUCUGUAGCCAAAUUUUCCAUUUGGGGCAGCUUCUCGGGUUGGGCCUGGGCAAGUGGCCUCCAAUCCAAAAAAGCAUUAUCAAUACCUCUUAUCAAAAAAUAGUGGUCCCCAUUCGAAUUACCCUGUACCCUUAACAACCUCGUUGACUCUAAAAUGUCUCUUUCACAAGAGUAGAGAAAGUCAAGACAGAGGCUAUACAUAACAUCCCACCUUCCCAACAUUUCCACUUCAAGAAAAGUACAGCCCUGUUUUUCCAAAAAGAUGUGGUUCAUUCUCUUAUUCCAAGUUAUCUCCCAAACUUCCUCCUCAGAUGAGAAUGGUGCCAAAUUUCUAUCUAGUCUCGUGAUCUCUUCAGCCUCGUCACUUAUUGGUUGGCAUAGAAGUGUGUCAGAGGUCAUGUUCACAGCCCCUGUUUCUGUAACCCUAGGAUCUCCAUCAAUUUCUUCCGCCUCCAUGGUUGUGUCAUCACCCUCUGCCGUUUCUGCAACCCAAGAAACUCCUUCAGCCGCUUCAGCAAUCGUCUCUGAAUUUUCUGUUCGAGAAGGGGAUGUAAACCCCGAUUCCUCUGCCGUUUCAAAGGGCGGAUCACUAGGCUUAUAACUUGAGUCCAUCUCCAGUGCCACUUUAACCACCGUUUCAUCAAUUUUCACGUUAAUGGAGCAGUUUUCAAAGGUGGGAGCUGAUGAAAUUAUAAGCAUUCUUGCUUUAUCAUAUCGAAGGUGCUGUUCUGUUUCUUCAUCUAUGCACACAAAAGUGCCAAAUAACCCUGCGAUGUUAGAAAAGAACUCAACAUUCCAUGCCACUAGUGGUACCUUAUGAACUGUCACCCAGAUAUAGUGUCUGGUUGGAAUCGAAUUUGUUGGUGAAGCUUCACCAAUCCACUCAAAUUUGUGGGCUAGAAAAUCACCUCCUUUCCGUAAAAACGACAGCAUCUCCUCUCUGUUAAUGAAUUCCAACACAACUUCCUUAGCACCCAAGGAUUUAAUUUUCGUUUGAGACCAACCUUUGGAUAUUAAGAAAUUUUGUAAAGCACCCACGUUACGCACUCCUCUGAUAGAAGCCACUGCCAUUCUCCCUAGUCGAUCAUGAUCCUCCUUCUUUGUGCUAUAGCAACAUGAAUAAUCAUUUAUUACUGGGACCGCAUGCUCUGUUUUGCGUCUCCAUUUUCGUUUUCCAUGUUGCCUAGUAAUUAAAUUGGGAGUAAUCGGCUCAGGGUGGUUCUUUCGAGCAAAUGUCGAAACAGGGUUGUGUUUGCCUGCAUAAGGAACUCUCGCCAUCUCCACCGAAAGUAUAACCCCAUAUCAUAGAACCGAACAAAACCAAAUUUCGUUUUCCUACCCUGUUUAAUGGUGCGUUGGACAAAAAUCCCAGCCAAUCUCCCCCAUCUGCUAAAAGCUAACUUCACCUGAUUAUAUGUUGUUUCCACCGACAGACCAUCGACAAACAGUGUGAAGGUGGAUUGUUCACGAUUCCUUGCAUAUUGAUAUUUAACACUGCUGCGAGGUCUAAACUCUCUGUCAGAAGCAUUCCUCCUUGACGGUUCCGCCGCAAAAUCCUGUCUCCAUGCUUCCUUGCCUCUGGUUGUAUCCACUCGCAGCCUUUGUUUAGCUAGAGAGAAGUUGGAGCCCUUCUCUCUAGGAGCCAUUUAUUGAAUUAUGCUAUACAUCAACUAAAACAUUAUUUCAUUGUUCCUCUCAAUCUGUUUUGUCCAUCUCACAUGUGCAAUGUAAGCUCUUGCUUGGUUUGCAAUUUGGUUUUGUAUUUUUUUCUAUAACAGAUGCAUCAUCUUGCACAAUUUAAGAUCAUUCCCAAUGUUGUAGAGUAAAAGAAAGACAUUGAUGCUCACAACUACCAAAGAAGCAUGACGAUGAUUGAUGAUAUGUGAUGAAUUUGCAAGAAAUGGAGCAUGAGUUCUACACCAAGAAUAGUAUAAAAUGUGUUAUUCUAAAUACAGUUGGUGACUACUAUACAGCUCUAAAGGAUCACACUUCUUGAUAAAUGGUGGAAAAAAAGAGCAUGUAAAGAUCAAUGUUUGUUGUAAUGAUGUUUCAAAGUGUUGCCACCUAUGUAUAAG